AUGCUCGAAAUUGGUCUAAGAGUGGUUCGCGGUCCUGAUUGGAAAUGGGCUCAGCAAGAUGAUGGAGAAGGUCAUGUAGGUACUGUUGUUGAACUAGGUAAACCAGGUAGUAACACAUCUCCUGAUAAAACUGUAGUUGUUCAAUGGGAUUCGGGAUCUCGAACAAAUUAUCGUGUUGGAUAUCAAUGUGCAUAUGAUUUACGUGUGUACGAUAAUGCACCGAUUGGUGUUCGUCAUCCAAAUGUAAUUUGUGAUGCUUGUCGAAAACAUGGAAUUAUUGGAAUGAGAUGGAAAUGUGCUCGAUGUUUUGAUUUUGAUCUUUGUACACAUUGUUAUAUGGCUCUCGACAAACAUGAUCUUACUCAUCCAUUUCUUCGAUUCGAAACAGCUACCAAUACUCAAGGCGUGAAAGUCCCAGCUCGAAGUCAAAGUCUUGAUACACGUCUUAUUGCAAAAGGUAUUUUCAAAGGUGCUGUUGUUGUACGAGGUGCUGAUUGGGAUUGGGGAGAUCAAGAUGGUGGUCCUGGUGGACAAGGAAAAGUUCAAGAAAUAAAAGGGUGGGAAAACGAAUCUGGACGAAGUGUUGCAGCUGUUGCAUGGUUACAUAAUCCUCAUGUUGCGAAUGUUUAUCGUGUUGGACAUAAAGGAAAAGUUGAUCUAAAAUAUGUGCAUGAAGCAAAAAAUGGACAAUAUUAUAAAACUCAUCUACCUGUGCUUGGAGAACAUAUUGAACGUCUUGUUCCUCCACUUGAAAUUUCACAAUUUUCUGUUGGCGAUAAUGUUCGUGUUAUGUCCGAUAUUGAUCUAGUAAAGCAACUACAAGAAGGCCAUGGUGGAUGGAAUAUACGCAUGGCUGAUGUUUUAGGUAAAGAAGGGCAUGUUCAUCGUGUUACAGAAAGAGGUGAUGUACGAGUUCAGUUUCAUAUUGCUGAUGAAAAUAAUCAAGAUCAAUCAUCAUCAAUAGCACAACAAAAUCGUUGGACAUUUCAUCCAGGUGCACUAUGUAAAAUUCAUUCGUUUACUAUUGGUGAUCAAGUUAUUAUUUGUGGUGAUGAACAACGUUUAAGACAAGCACAAAAAGGACAUGGUGAAUGGUCACAUGAGAUGACUGGUGUACUUGGAAAACAAGGAAAAGUUUUACAAGUUUAUGGCGAUGGUGAUAUUCGUGUAAAUGUUAAUGGUCAAUCAUUCACAUUUAAUCCGCAAUGUUGCACACCAUUAACAACAUCUUCAUCAAGUCUUUUAAAUUCAACAAGUCAUAAUACGCUUCAAGCAUAUCAAGCACAACAACAAAUGGAAUAUGCUUCAAGUAUUGAUUGGAGUUUACAAGGUGGUUCAUCGAUUGGUGGUGGUACAACGAAUUCAUCAUCAUGUAAACAAAUGCUUAUUUAUAAUACACUUUUGGGACAUAAUGAUAUAUUAUCAUCAUCAUCAAUCGUUAGAGAUGCUGCACAAGGAAAAAUUCAAGCUAUUAGAGAUGCACUAAAUAAAAAUCCUCAACUCGUCGAAAGUAGAUCAGGUGAUAAAUCUGCAUUGAUGUUAGCAGCACAUCAAGGUCAUAUUGAUAUCGUACGAAUUCUACUUUCACAUGGAGCAAAUUUAGAACAACGUGAUGCUGAUGGCGAUACAGCACUUCAUUAUGCUUGUUUCGGUAAUCAACCUGAUUGUAUAUCACUUUUAUUAUCAAAAGGAGCUGAUAUUAAUUCAAUUAAUUCAACUGGUUGUUCAUCUCUUCAUAUUGCAAUUAAUAAACAACUAUUGGAAUGUACCAAGAGAUUAUUAGAACAUCAACAACCAUCGAUUGAUGUCAAUUUACAAGAUAUUUAUGGAGACACUGCAUUACAUGAUAUUGCAAAUACUCGUGUUUUUGGCCAUUUUGGUGGUCUCGAUGAGUUAGCAUCAUGUGGAAGUCAUCCGAGUAUAUUAAAUUUAAUAAAAGAAUUAGAAGAAACACGCCAUCAAACAAGUCUCAUUCCAUCCGAAGAAAAUUCACCUGAUCGUUCAAAUAAUGAACCCAUUGACGGAAGAGAAUUAAUUGAUCUUCUUCUUUCAGUAUCAAAUAUUAAUUUUAAUUUAAAAAAUAAACGAGGUUUUAAUGUUCUUCAUCAUGCUGCACUUAAGGGAAAUGCUUAUGUUACAUGGCGUUUAAUUGAAUUAUGUCGACAGUUAGUUGAUUCAAAAAAAGACGAUGGGUUUUCAUCGCUUCAUCUAGCAUGUUUAAACGGUCAUUUAUUAGUAACAUGUUUAUUACUUCGUUGUGGACAUGCCACAAUUGAAAUAUGUAAUAGUCGUAAACAAACUCCUCUCCAUCUAGCUGUUGCACAAGGACAUUCAUCAAUAGUUAUAUUAUUAGUACGUGAUCAUCGCGCAUCAACGAAAGUUUUAGAUGAAGAUGGUGAUACACCACUUCAUUUGAUCUUAUCAAAAACUCAACAAUCAGAUGAAUCAUGUUUAUCAUUACUUGCAUCUGAUUUAAUUCCACAAAUGCCAGUUGAUUAUCGUCAAAUCCCAAAUAUUGUUUUAGCUGCUUUUUUAAUAAAAUGUGAUGCACCAUUGUUAGUUAAAAAUCGUCAAAAUAAAUUGCCACUAGAUUAUAUCAGUGAUCAAAAACUGAAAGAAUAUUUUAUUCUUCUUAAUCGUUCAACAAUUAUAAGACAAGUUAUGCCAAAUACUUCAGCGUUAUCACCAUGUAUUAUAUGUGAUGAAUGUCCGGCUGAUAUUCUUUUUGAACCAUGUAAACAUAAAAUAUCUUGUAAAGAUUGUUGUAUCAAAAUGAAACGAUGUGUUCUAUGCCAACUUAACAUUGAUUCGAAAUAUACACAAGAUGGUCAAUUGUUGACUAGUUCAUCGACAAAUGUCACUCGUCAUACUCACCGAUUACCAUCAACCACAAUGGGAAAUAAUUCUGAUGGAGAAAUUAUCAGUAAAGUUGUCCGUGAACUUGAAACAAAAGUUCAAGAAUUAGAAGAUGGACAAUCGUGUUCGAUUUGCAUGGAAAGGUCACGAAAUGUUGCUUUUUUAUGUGGACAUACAGCCUGUUCAAAUUGUGCACAACCAUUAAAAACUUGUCAUAUAUGUCGGAAACCUAUUACAAAAAAAAUUAAUCUUUAUUCAUGA